GAUGAGAGUGCGGGUAAUCAAUAGCGGCAUCCAAGCCUCUUGCUCGAGCCGUUUCCUUGGCGGGCUGCCAUUGGCCAGCCACCACGUCAGACGCCGUCCACCGACUUUCGUGUGCAUCAAACGGACGGCCGCGCAGUUCUCAAUAGACUCGCGAGCGACUAGCAAGAUCCCUCCCCUCACUUCCACGCCAAGAAUGUCGCGCCAGCUCCAGCCUGAGCAGUUGUUGACGCCCGUGCCGUCCGACAUUGCCAUCAGCGACGCCAUCGCGCCGUUGCCCAUCACGGAAAUCGCCCAAGCCGCCGGAAUCCUACCCGAGGAGGUGGUGCCAUACGGUUCUACGAAGGCCAAGAUCUCUCUGGACGUGCGUGACCGCCUUAAGGGCCAGCCCAAUGGCAACUACGUCGUGGUCACCGGUAUCACCCCCACGCCUCUGGGCGAGGGCAAGAGCACCACCACGAUCGGGCUGUGCCAGGCGCUGGGUGCCCACCUCAACAAGAAGGCAUUCGCUUGCAUCCGCCAGCCUUCGCAGGGUCCGACGUUCGGAGUCAAGGGAGGCGCAGCAGGUGGAGGCUACGCGCAGGUCAUCCCUAUGGAUGAGUUCAACCUUCAUCUAACGGGAGACAUCCACGCUAUCACUGCUGCCAACAACCUGUUGGCUGCUGCCAUUGACACUCGCAUGUUCCACGAGAACGCGCAGAGUGAUAAAGCGCUGUUCCGCCGUCUCUGUCCGGCAGCUAAAGACGGCUCCCGUAAGUUCUCGCCCGUCAUGCUCAAGCGUCUACAGAAGUUGGGUAUUACCAAGGUGUCACCCGACGACCUCACGGACGAGGAAAUCCACAAGUUCGCGCGUCUAGACAUCAACCCCGACACGAUCACUUGGCAACGUGUGCUGGAUACAUGCGACCGGUUCCUGCGUCAAGUGGUCGUGGGUGCUGGACCUGCCGAGAAGGGCCAAACCCGCACGACUGGCUUUGACAUCACAGUAGCUAGUGAGAUCAUGGCUAUCUUGGCACUUACCACAAGUCUGGCAGACAUGCGCGAGCGUCUGGGACGUAUUGUCAUCGGUAUGAGCCGCAGUGGCGAGCCAGUGACGGCUGACGACUUAGGUGUUGGCGGCGCUCUGGCUGUGCUUAUGAAGGACGCUAUUCUACCUACACUCAUGCAGACGGUGGAAGGAACUCCCGUCUUCGUGCACGCAGGCCCGUUCGCUAACAUCGCUCACGGUAACUCGUCCAUUAUCGCGGACCAGAUUGCGUUGAAGCUAGCGGGUGAAGACGGUUUUGUGGUCACUGAAUGCGGCUUUGGAGCUGAUAUUGGCAUGGAAAAGUUCUUCAACAUCAAGUGCCGUGCCAGUGGACUGACCCCGCAGUGUGUGGUGCUCGUCUCCACGGUCCGUGCGCUUAAGAUGCACGGAGGCGGCCCCAAUGUGGUCGCCGGCAAACCGCUUGACCCCGUGUAUGUCGAAGAGAACCUUGAAAUGCUGGAGCGUGGUUGUGCCAAUAUGCAGCAUCACAUCCGCAACGCGUUGAAGUUCGGUGUGGCUGUCGUUGUGGCUGUGAACGUGUUCGCCACGGACUCGCCUCGUGAGGUGGAGCUUGUGAAGCAGAAGGCUCUGGAAGCUGGUGCCACUGCUGCUGUGGAGAGCACUCACUGGUCUGAAGGUGGCAAGGGAGCGAAGGAAUUGAGUCGCGCUGUUGUUACUUCUUGCGAGAAGAUGCGUGCACAGGGCAGCCCGUUCAAGUUCCUGUACCCGCUGGAAUUCAGUAUUGCCGAGAAGUUCGAAGUUAUCUGCAAGGAGAUUUACGGUGCUGACGGCGUCGAGUUCAGCGAAGAAGCUAAGAAGAAAUUGGCGGUGUACUCGCAGCGAGGAUACGGCAAGCUGCCUGUGUGCUGUGCCAAGACUCACCUGAGUUUGAGCACGGAUCCGACCGCGAAAGGUGUGCCUACCGGUUUCUCGGUCACUGUGCGUGAUAUCCGCGCGUCUGUAGGUGCUGGCUUUGUCUACCUGCUCUGCGGUGACAUGAUGACAGUUCCCGGCCUCCCCACGCGCCCGGGCUUCUAUGAUGUUGACCUGGACACCGAGACUGGCAAGGUGAUCGGUCUGUUCUAAGCAGAUACAUAACAACGAUGCGAUCUUGACUGAGACGACGAGCAAAGGGCGGCAUGUCACGUUCAUGUGCCCCCCUUUCCUCGCGUCAGCUAUUGUUGCUAGAGCCAACCUGUUAACGGCUCGUAGAAGUCAGUCUUUUUUCCAUCUCCUCUUGUGCUCGUUAAGUGCAUAUAUUGUGUCUGACCCAGACAGCAUUGAGUCUGGUCUAACUCGU